AUGGUGCUCAAAACUGGCAUUAUAAAGGCUUCUAAUGGCGAUACCCACAUCGGUACCUCUUACUUUGGAGUAGCUGUUGCAUUUACAAGCAAAGAGGUUUACUUUGCUGAGCUGAAUUCCAAACAAGGGUUCUCUUGUCAGUACAGACUUCAGGGCCUGGAAGGAACAGUGAUAUGCAUGAACUAUUGGUGUAAUCCUCAUGACGGAAAUGAAGCCAUUUUGACUCUGGGGGAUGUCUGUGGGCAGGUUCAAGCAAUUGUCUUCAACACAGCCCUGAUCUCAUUGUUUGAACGACCUUCCAAUUCCCAGGAAGAUGAAAAUGUGACAAUGACAAUUAAUUGGCAAGAGCUGGUCUCUGGAUAUCACAGAUGCUGCUAUGUAUUACAGCACAGACUUCAUGACAAAGAAUGGGUUAGACAAGUUGCAUACAGCUCCUCUUUAGAUGUCUUUAUUUCUGUUACAACGAGUAGUAUGAACACUCUAGUCCUGGCCUGGAGAGAGAAAUUAAGUCCUCGUCUUACAAUGACAACCUUUCAUGUCACUCAAGGUGUUAAUUCUUUUGACUUCCAUCCCCGGCUCAACCUAAUAGCAACCGCAGGAGUUAAUCGCCGUGUUUGCCUUUGGAACCCUUACGUCACCUCCAAAUCUGCUGGAGUCCUGGAAGGCCAUUCAGACAGUGUCAUAGCAGUCCAGUUCAUUACUGAGCGCAAACUGCUUCUCAGCUUUGCAAAGGAUAAGGUGUUAAGGAUCUGGGAUAUUCAGCAUCAGCUUUGCAUCCAGAGGAUUGCGGGUUCCUUCCCCAAAAGCCUAGACUUCCAUUCUGUGCUUUACUUCGAUGAACCUCGUGGGCGUCUGUUCAUCUCAUUUAACAACCAAUUGACUUUACUGGAAAUGGAGCCGGAGACGGGCAAGAGCAGAGUGGCAAGUCACAGGAAAGCGGUCACUUGUGUCCUUUACAAUUCGGUUUUCAAGCAGGUAAUCUCCUCCGAUACGGGGUCAACUGUUAUCUUCUGGCUGAUUGAUACAGGGCAGAAAACCAAAGAGUUUACACGUUGCCAUGGGAAUGCUGAGAUCAGUACCAUGGCUCUGGAUGGGACUGAGACAAGACUCUUCACUGGAAGCACCGAUGGGACAGUGAAGAUUUGGGACUUCAAUGGACACUGCCACCAUCAACUUAAUGCUGGGAGGGACCGAGCUGUUGAAAUUUCCCAGAUCUUGGUGCUAAGCCGAACAAUAUUAGUUCUAGGCUGGGACAGGAUGAUUACGGUCUUCCACCUUAGCAGCUUGACCCAGAGUCUUGUUCAGCCCUCAGACUGGAAAGGAGGAGUUCAGCACCAGGAUGACAUCUUAUGUGCGGCAUUUUUGCCUCCUCAGACUCUAGUUACAGGUAGUUCUGGUGGUGAAAUCGUUGUGUGGAAUAACAGUACAGAGAAUGCCUACAUUAAACUAAACCUGAAUCCAGGAAAAACUGUAACGUGCAGCUCAGAGUCAAAGAAAGGGAGUCCUACGGGCAGGCUGUCCUCUAGAAGACACACGUUAUCUGUGCCAUGCUCCUCCACCUCUGGUUCAGAGAACGGCUGUGCUGUUACCAGGCUCUUCUUUCUGGAGGCCCGGGAGAAUAUCUCAGUAACAGGAGGAGCAAAUUUAGUGUCUUGUGGAGCUGCUGGUUAUGUUAGGUUUUGGAAUAUACAGAAAAGUCAACUACUGGGAGAGUUUGAAGCUCAUGGUGGAAUGGGAUCCAUUAUCAUGACUAUCGAUAAAGCAAGCCAAUACCUGAUAACAGGGGAUCUGGCUGGAUGGGUGAAAAUAUGGAACAUAGAG